GCUGUCUCAUACGCAAGGCAGUGGGAGGUCUUGACAACCGCUUCCCUGCCCAUCUCUGUUGGAGGCUCUGAGCCAGGAUGCUGUCCAUCCUGGGAGGUACACCGAGGUCCUUCCAUGUGGCACUCUUCUUCCUGGUGCUGGUCGUGCUCCUGAUGGCUGGCUUCCUGCACGUGGACAUCGAAAUGUUUACGCCUCUGCUCAGGGUCAAGGCCCAGAACUCCUCCAGGGACUCCACCCCGGUCACCAACAUCAUGUUCCUCAAGACGCACAAGACAGCCAGCAGUACCAUGCUCAACAUUCUCUACCGCUUUUCCGAAUCUCACAACCUGUCCGUGGCGCUGCCCAAGGACUCUAUGUUCCAUCUGGGUUACCCCUGGCUUUUCGUGGCACGCUACGUGGAGGGCAUGGAGCCCAAUGGCCCGCAGAAUCAUCACUUCAACGUCAUGUGCAACCACUUGCGGUUCAACCUUCCUGAGGUGCAGAAAGUCAUGCCCAAUGACACUUUCUACUUGUCCAUCCUUCGAAACCCAGUUUUCCAGCUGGAGUCUUCCUUCAUCUACUAUAAGAAAUAUUCGCCUGCCUUCCGGAAAGUCAAGAGCCUGGACCAAUUCCUGGCAGAUCCGUGGAAGUACUACAAUGUCAGUGUGGGCCUGAAAAAUGCCUAUGCAAGAAACAACAUGUGGUUUGACUUUGGCUUCGACAACAAUGCUCAGGCUGAAGCGGGCUACGUUCGCAGGUGCCUCUCGGAGGUGGAGCGCCAGUUCCAGCUGGUGCUCAUUGCGGACUACUUUGAUGAGUCCAUGGUGCUGCUGCGCAGACGGCUGCACUGGCAGCUGGAUGACGUGGUAUCUUUCAAGCUGAACCUACGCAGUCAGCGUACGAUCUCGCGCUUGAAUCCAGAGAGCCAAGAGCGUGCCAAGCGCUGGUGCGAGCUGGACUGGCAGCUCUACCAGCACUUCAACCGCACGUUUUGGGCUCAGCUGUACGCGGAGGUAAGCCCCAGACAGCUCAGGGAAGAGCUGGCGCAGCUGCGAGCGAGGCGUCGCGAGCUCACCACCCUGUGUCUUCAGGACCCCGAGCCCAAGAACACGACGCAGAUAAAAGAUCAGAAUAUGCUCCCCUAUCAGUCCGGAGAUGCUGAAAUUCUGGGCUACAAUCUUAGGCAGGAUCUGGACAAUGCUACGCUGCACAUCUGUCAGAGGAUGGCAAUGCCAGAGCUACAAUACAUGGCCCACUUGUACUCGCUGCAGUUUCCCGACAAGCCUCCCAAGGACAUACCGUUGCCGAAAAAGUAGGGGUUUGGCUAAGUGACCCUUUCUCCCCAGGCUUCCCGAGGAACCCUAAACUUGCCAGCCUACCUUCCCCAAGGGAAGAACAGGGUGAAACCUCUGUGUAGAGAUCCACCCAUCUCCAGCUCUGGGGAGAGGGCCCAACACCUAAGACAACAAACAGGCACAGCUGGAAGUAUAGCUGAACCCACCCAUGGUAGAGACACGUCCUGGACAGGCCCGAAUGCUAGUGCUCUUUAAUUAUCUGUCCACAGGAGUCAGUCUAAACGGGCCAUCAAGUGAACAUCAGCCUUGGGGAGCACAGGGGCUUAGGCAGUGGCCUGGCGACCCAUAAAGAGACUCAGCGAGGCUCCCUGGAGUUUCUAGCCCCAUGGAUUCAGCACUGGACCCAGAGACAGGCUUGCAUAGAGCGUGCAGGCAGUAGCACAAAGGUGGGCCCAGGGGAGAUGGGUGAACAGGUGACCUCCCAUCUUUGGCUUUCUUAAGAACGGUGUAGACUGAGAGACGUGAAAGUUGCUGGUUAGCUGAACACACGUGGGUCCAUUUAUAGCGUCCCACUGGACAAUCCCGAAGGAGAACGUGCUGGACUUGACAACGGUGCUCAGAGGGUCCCAAGGACCUUUGGUUGCCUUGGAAACCACGAUGUGUAUAGUCUCAAGGACAUUUUUCUUGGUGCCUCUCUUUGUCAUUUGUGGGGAGAUACUAAGUUCCCAGCCCCCAGUUCUUGCAGGAUGAGAAACCUGAUUACCUGGGGUGCCUAACGCCAGGUAGCCUGGGAAAAGCAACGUGCCGGGUGUCUUGGGAAAGCUGCCACCGCCACAUGCUCAGCCUAUGGCUUAAGCUUAAGUUUUGUUUGUUGAGCCUGAGUGGAGGCUUUUCUUCUGUGUCGGAGCCUCCAGCUCGGGGCAAGAGGGCCCGUGCUCCUUUGGACAGCAAUUUAAUAGGGGUACUUUAAGAAAAGUAA